UAUGAAAGGGAGAUCACUCGUAAACACGAGGCUCAUCGCGGAAUGGCGGACCCACACUGUAGCAGCAGACAAACCACCGCGACACCCAGAAACACUUCUGCUACACACGAAAUAACUCACUACCUCAAUGUUGAGAAUGCAAAAUUUGUCGCUUUUAUUAUGAUUAUUGGUUUUAUUGCAUAUCAUGGAAUUAUACAUUUAAAAUACGGCAAUGAUUCCUGCAAAUGGCUACUGAGUGAUGGGCGAUUCCCAGGAUAUAGUACAUGGCAACCAUAUGGAUGUAUGACUCAUAAAUAUACUAAAUCAGAUGUCCGAAUGUGUAUGCAUUACAUAUCAUACUGGGGAGGACGGAAUCACAUAGCUUUCGUUGGCGAUUCUCGUAUAAGGCAGCUCUAUUUUGAGUUCAUGAAGUUGGUGAGUACAACUGACAUACCAGAAAGGAAAGUGCACAAUGACCUGCAUUAUGAUGAUGAUCAGAUUAGCGCCAGAGUUGACUUUCUUUGGCAACCAAUGGUUAACACAUCGAUGUAUUAUGUAUACAAGUCUUGGCUCAUGAGUGGCCCAACUGCACGUCCAAAUCUCAUCGUUACCGGUAGUGGAACGUGGAGUAUAAAGCUAAAUAAUGCUAGUGAGCAAGCUCUAAAGAAUUUUGAAGUCAACCUGACUAUGAUUGUGCCAUACUUGAACAAAUUGAAGAAUACAGCAACGAUAUUAUGGAUGCUCCAAGAUCCAGUCAAUGAAGAGAAGCUAUCAGUGAAUCGUUCAAUGAUAACCAACCAACAGAUAGAUGACUACAAUAAAGUGGCCAUCCAGAUAUUGGAUAACAGCGCUGCUAGCAUUUGGAGUUCAUCACGUUUGGUUGGACAAGGCCUGAAGAAAGAAUCUGUUGAUGGCCUUCACAUUCCAAGUUCUGCUUUAGAACUGGACGCCCAAAUAUUGUUCAAUAUGUAUUGCAAUAACCAUAUGAACUACAAUGAUGGAACCUGCUGUCGGAGCCCAGAUCCAGUUUCUACUCUCCAGUUGAUUACAGCAGCUACUUUCUUAGUCAUUAUCAUAUCAGCCAUAGCAUUAUGGAUCUAUCGCAGAAGAAAAACACGCAGGAAUGGAGUUAAGGCACGUGCAGAAAAUGGUCCACGGAAUGGACAGACCAACUCACAGAACAAUAGUAGUGAUGGCUGCCAAGAAAUUGUCAACAAUUUGGCUAAGCUGGGAAUUAUAAUGUUUUAUUUUUAUCUCUGUGACAGGACCAACUUCUUCAUGAAAGAAAACAAGUAUUACACUCAUGUCAACUUUUUCCUUCCAUUUGCUUAUGUCAUGAUUUUGGGUUUCUUUUUCACUGAACCGACAGAACAGACAAGUGUAUUACAUAGAGAUCAAACAGAUGAAUGGAAGGGUUGGAUGCAGUUAAUCAUCUUAAUUUACCAUUUUACUGGAGCAAGCCAAGUUUUGCCAAUCUACAUGCAUAUCCGAGUUUUAGUCUCUUCAUAUCUCUUCCUCUCAGGAUACGGUCAUUUCACAUAUUUCUGGCAGAAAGGAGAGUAUGGUCUCUUCCGCUAUUGCCAGCGUGGGUGUUGCCAUAUUUCCCUCUAUUGGCAUACAAGAAAGAAAAGUAUUCACCGCCUUCUAGAAGUUCUGUUUCGAUUGAAUUGUUUUGUGUUCACUUUGUGUUUUGUGAUGGACAGAGCCUACCAAUUUUAUUACUUUGUACCACUUGUGUCUUUCUGGUACAUAGUUGUCUACAUUACUAUGGCAGCCUGGCCCCAUGUCUCCAAAUUGACCGUAGAAUCUAACUUCCAUUAUCUCUACAUGGUCUCCAAGUUUAUUCUCUUGGCAGUAUUUAUCACCUUAUUUUACCUUUCAGAAGUCUUCUUUGAAAAAGUCUUUCUGUCCCGACCUUUUAAAGCUUUAUUUGUGACUUCUGAUGACUCUAUACGAGAAUGGAGGUUUCGUUGGCAGCUGGACAGAUACAGUACCUUAUAUGGCAUGUUAUUUGCUUUUGGUUACCAGUUACUAAUCAAGUACCGAAUAAUAGAUGACACAACACGAGAUACUCUUUUUUCAAAAGGAGCAUCCUGGCUUUUGUGCAUAUUUUCUAUACUUGGUAUUACUGGCUAUACAGUAUUUGCCUGUGUGUGUCGUACAAAACCACACUGUAAUGAUGUUCAUUCCUACUUAACAUUUUUACCUAUUAUUUCUUAUAUCAUACUAAGGAAUGUCCCAGGCUGGCUUCGGACAAAAUACAGUACAUUUUUUGCUUGGUUUGGGAAAAUAUCACUAGAGUUAUUCAUUGCUCAGUAUCACAUCUGGUUGGCAUCGGAUACUCAUGGUAUUUUGGUGCUAGUUCCUGGUUACCCAGUUCUCAAUGUGGUUAUCACUUCAUACAUUCUCGUCUGCAUCUGCCAUGAAAUUCAUUGUAUUACCACAGGGCUGGUGAAGUAUGCAGUGCCCAGUGACUGGAAAUUGUUACUACGGAAUAUCGUUCUCUUUGUGGCCAUUCUGCUACCAGUCUCAAUUAAAGAAGGGGCUCUUGUGUUGUGAUUCUAUAUGGUAAAGGAGCUUAUAUUGAGCACAUCUGUGAUGUUGAUAUUACCAACAGUUUCUCUAUGGAGUACAAAACUACAGAGAGAGAUGGAAAGAGAAGAAAACAAACCUGGGUGAAACUCUUGCACAGAUACCUGUGUACUUGUGUGAGUGCAUAACUCUAAUUGUAUGUCUGAGGACGUACUUGUUUUUUUGUAAAUGUAUGUGUAUGCGUGUGUUGGUUGAGCAUGAAAGCAGAAAUAUCUGCUGGCAUUUGUAUUGCUGGUCACAUGAGGUGUGUUCCUCCUACCCAGUGACCAAUUUCGGACAAACCCACAAUCAAUUCACUUUCCUCAGAGUCUAGGUUAAUUGGCAGAAAGUCAUCGAAACUUGGUCUAUUUAUUUGUGUACAGACUCUUUGUGAACAUAUUUGAUAUGAAUUUGUGCAGAACUGAAGUUUGCUGAAGUACUGAGAGAGAAAGCAGGAGAGGAAGAAAGAAAAAGAAAAAAGAAAAGAAAGAGAAAAAAAAAACUGGCGUUUAAACUAGGAGUAUCUGCUACUUCCAAACAGACUAAUUCAGUUUGAAUGACACUAACCAGGUUUCAGCUUUGUUAUAUUUCUAUGUAAAAUAGAAACUAGUCAAAGAUUAAUUUCAAAGUGGAAAUCCAUGAUAAUUGUUUUAAAAAAGAUCAGACACCAAAAGAAUGUUAUUUAUUUAAAAUUUCUUUGCUUUUUUUCUUUCUUUGUCUGCAUAAUGCUCAGUUUUCAUCAAAAGAACCUGCUAUAAAAGAAAAAAUAGAAAUAUCAGAAAAAAAAAAAAAUGCAAAUCUUUCCUGUAAAACCCAUCAUCCAGAACACCAGUCUGUGAACAAAAAUCAAAUUUUAUGGUGUUGUUUGCAGCUAAACAUUUAUGGCAAGUUAAAGAAAGUUGAUUUGAAGAUUUAACGUGUUUUCAUUUCUCAGCUUGGUACCAAACAUUGCCGGCUGAGGAAAGAUUCAGGAUUACUGUAUUAUAUUUCAUAUAUUGAAUAAUGUUUGAGUUUUUUUUUUAAUGAACUAUGAGAUAUAUGUAUGUACACACACACUAUAAAACAUAUUGAGUACUCUUUGUCUUUUCUUACAGAAUGUGUGUGUGUGAAUAUAUAUAUAUAUAAAUAUAUAUAUAUAUAAAAUGUGUAUGUGUAUAUAUAUUUUCUUGUCUUUAAAAUUUAGGUUUCUUUUUUAAGAGUCCCUGAUAUUUUCUAUCCAAAAUAUAUUUUGCCAAAAUCAAAUAAGCUCGUUUAGAAUGUUGUUAAAAUUUAUCAAAUUUCUCCAUAAGUCUUAAUUAUUUGCUGAUUUCUUGUAAAAUUAUUUCAUCUAAUCAAGAAUGUAAUAUUUAAAAAAGUUAUUGGAUGGCAGAAUUGGUAAAGUCCCAGACAAAAAUAAGUUAUGAUAUUUAGUUACAUCUCUUUAUAUGUGCUAAGUUCAAAUUCCCUCAGGGUCGACUUUGCCUUCCAUUUUUCCAUUGUCAAUAAUAUAAGUACUAAUGAAGUACUUGGAGUUGAUGUUAUUAACUAUGCUAGACAUAGUCAGCCUUCUUUGAUUAGUGGGCUACAUGGGACAUGACACACCAUCAGGUGGGCCACCUUACUAAAGCAAAAAAUUCCAAGAAAUUUUUUUGUUAGGCGUGUUAUUUAGGAAGUCCUUUGCCCAUGACUAGACUAAAUCCUCCCACCAUCACCACCACCAUCACCAAAUAUGUGGCCUUGUGCCUCUGUAAGAGAUUAUUACUUAAAAGUAAUUUGUUGAAGUUUCAAGUUAACUAUUAGUUCAAGGAAAUUUAGCAUAUUGUUAAAAUGUUGGAAAAAAAAACAUAAAUAAGAAUUAUGGUCAACAGCUAUAAAUAUCAGUCUUGAAUGUACAUUUGGCAUUAUUGAGAAAUGGUGGUCUUCAUGUCUUUUAUAACAUUUCUCCUGGAAAGAUAUCUCUUUUUACGUCUCACCUUUUUACAUGUGAGAUGUUAAUAAUUUAUCUCCAGUAAAAAUCUAACCCUUUAUUUUUAUUUAAAAAAAAUAAAAGAAGUUUCUCUAUCACAUAUUUCCUUUUUCUGGUUGUAUAACUCUUAUUUUCUCUUGAGUAUGGUUGUGAACUAUCAUUCUCUGUCUCUCUCUGUUUCU